AUGAGCUCUGGUCCGUCCAACCUGGGAGGCAAAUUGCUUUCGGCUCCGACAUCCUACAUACCUUCUUCGCAGCCGAUAUCUACUCCUCAACCCAGCUUCGAAUCCGGCUCACGACGAUCCGGUCCGUCGAGUCCGUCGCUUCCGAGCUCAGCACCGAGAAAGGGACAAGGGUCGCGGAAACAGCACAGGAAUCAGCGGAGGCCCCUGAGAGACGUUGGCAAUCUGGAUGAUGACGACGCUAUGGCCGAGAUCAGAGCUGUCCGUAAUGCCUCGAGCCGCCGAGGGCAAACCUCCAUCACUCACUUGCUGAACUAUUCUGUCCCGACGCGUCAUUAUCACGAGCAGUCAAGAAGCAGUCGUCGCCAUCCAACCUGGGGUCCGGGCUCGGGCUACCAUGCCAUUGACAAGGCGAGGUUUGUCCACGCCAACUACCGAUUUGUAGUCUCGCCUACCGGCGACUACACUCCUCAAGCCGCCGACGCCGAUAAGCACCUCGAAUGGUCCGACGUCCUACAGAUCCUCGCCUCCGCCGAAUCCCAAACGACGUCAUGCCCCAUCUGUCUCUCGGAACCCGUGGCCCCCAGGAUGGCACGAUGCGGACACAUCUUCUGUCUACCGUGCUUACUUCGGUUCAUGAAUUCGACAAACGAUGACGAACCCAGUUCUAGACGAGAGGCACGCUGGAAGAAGUGUCCUAUAUGCGAAGACUCGUUUCGACUCUCCGAGGUUCGGCCUGUUCGUUUUUAUGCCGGCCAGGAAAACCCGUUUCCAAGGGUUGGUGAAGACGUCGUAUUGCGCUUGAUGGUGCGAGAAGCGGGCUCUACUCUGGCCGUGCCGAACGAGGGAGGAGCGGAUGUCGUCAACUUGGGAGAGGAUGUGCCAUGGCACUUUGCGGCAAGCGUCAUGGACUAUGCACGAGUAAUGAAGGGCACACACGAUUACAUAGCCCAACAGUACGACCGCGAGGUCGAAGAGUUGCGACACCAGGCGGUAAUGGACGAAUGUCAGUUUGGAGUUGACGAGGGCGAUUGGACGCAGCGAGCCAUACGGGCCAUCAACACCGCCAGAGACAAGAUCAAGGAGCAAAAUGAAGGCGUAGAAACCUUGGUUCGACCUAGUACGCUGAAGGCAAAGCACCCUGCCGGCCACAAGUUUCACUUCUAUACGGCACCACCACAUCUUUACCUUUCGCCGCUCGAUAUUCGCAUUCUGAAGACCAAGUUCGGUGAUUUCUCAGACUUCCCUUCAACUUUGCUUCCACGCGUGGAGCACAUUUCUACCGGCCACGUGGUGGACGAUGCCUUGAGGAAACGGGCCAAGUACCUUGGACAUCUUCCCCAGGGCUGUGUCGUGAGCUUCUUGGAAUGUGACUGGACCGACAUAGUGCCGGCAGACAUUCUGGAAGUAUUUUCAAAUGAUUUGGAGCGACGACGCAAGGCCCACAGUGACAAGGCGGCACAAGAAGACCGAGAAAGGUUACAAGCGGAACGUUUGGAGGCUGCAGCUAUCGGCCGCACCACCCGGAGACAUUUUGAGAAUGCCAACGAGGAUAAGUUCGAGACGUCUCCUGCUAUGAACGCGGAGGAUUUCCAACCCCUCAGCUCCGUGGCUGGCACGACCCCCCCGAAUCCUCGGGCAGGUUUUGGGCAGCUUGCGGGUCUAUCCACAAGCCCGUCAACAUCACGGACUGUCUGGGGUACAACGGUGAUCUCGACCUCGCCAACUCUUGACACUGUGCAGGAGCGCGACGCCGACGACGGUUGGCUCAAGGACAACGAUUUUGUGGGGGCGGCGGAAAUUGCCAUGCAGAUGGAGGCCUUUGGUAUUGAUAGUGCCUCACCAGGCCCAAGCAGUAAUCCAGGGGCCCCAAGUGGCGGUGGUGGUGGUGGCAAGAAGAAGAAGAAACAGAAGAUCACGUUGAUGAGCACUGGUGGCCGUCGUGGCAACUGA